AGCGUCACGUGCGUAUACACAGUGCGCACUGUGUCUACAGCAGAAAAAACGAACAACUUUCCCUUUUUGUUCUCCGAAGGACUAUUGAUUACUUCUCUUCGCUCUAGAUUUCUUCUGUGUGAAGAUUAUUGGGGGUAAAUAGAUGGGUCGCAAGAAAAAGAUCAAGAAGCCUUAGCAUGCCAGGGAUUUUACCAAAAAUCAGAAAUAUUUGAACAUGGGCUUUCAUUAUCUUUGGGGGUAGAUUAUAGGUUAAUCGAUUGUUUAGGUUAAAGUAGGGAAAUUUCGUUGAAUUGAUUUGAUUUUUGGCAUUGGUGAAUUUAGGGUUUUAUAAAAUCUCUGUGAAUUUUAGUUUUAUGUUGCUUAUGGUCUUAAAUACUUGGGUCGGAUUGGAUUUGUUGAUUGUCCAUGGAGUGUUUGAGGAAGAAGAGGAAGGGAGUGGAGAUAUCAGAAGUAUGUCAAAAAGAAGUUGAGGAACAAAAUUCAUUGGCAAUAUUGUGGUCACAUUUAUCCUUGGAAGAUUAUUCAAGGAGGAAAAAGAAAUGCAGGGAAGUAGUAUCUGUAAAAAAUGCUGAUUCCUAUAGAAGUUUAGUAACUGGAGUUGUCACUGCCCCACCAUGUGGGACUGCAUGUUUGAACUCUCCGGCCAGAGGUCUUAAAAGGAAAAUUGGAUGUAUUGAUGUGGCAACUCGUUUGGGUAGGAAGAAAAAGAUUGAACAAGAGUAUGAGUUGGGUGAAACUAUUGGGCGAGGAAAGUUUGGGUCAGUAGUGUAUUGUCGGUGUAAAGCAAGUGGAGAAUAUUUUGCGUGCAAGACUUUGCGGAAAGGGGAGGAGAUUGUACACCGGGAAGUGGAGAUAAUGCAACACCUCUCAGGGCAUCCAGGUGUUGUGACACUGAAGGCAGUGUACGAGGAUGCUGAGUCUUUCCAUCUUGUGAUGGAGCUUUGUUCUAGGGGGCGGUUGCUUGAUCAGAUGGCUAGAGAAGGCCCGUAUAGUGAACGACAGGCUGCUAACAUAAUUAAGGAGCUAAUGCUGGCCAUCCGAUACUGCCAUGAGAUGGGUGUUGUUCACCGGGAUAUAAAGCCUGAGAAUAUCCUCCUUACAACUUCUGGACAGAUGAAGCUUGCUGACUUUGGUUUGGCUGUGAGAAUUUUAGAUGGUCAGAGCUUGACGGGUGUAGUUGGAAGUCCUGCAUAUGUUGCUCCGGAAGUGCUGUUGGGUAAUUACUCUGAGAAAGUGGAUAUCUGGAGUGCUGGUGUCCUACUACAUGCGCUUCUAGUUGGUAUGCUCCCAUUUCAAGGCGAUUCUCUGGAAGCUGUGUUUGAAGCUAUCAAGAAAGAAAAACUUGAUUUUAGUGGUGAUGUGUGGGACUCAGUAUCACAGCCUGCUUGUGAUCUACUCUCUAGCAUGUUGACUAGGAGUGUUUCAGCGAGGCUUACUGCAAAUGAAGUUCUAAGGCAUCCAUGGAUUUCAUUCUACACUGAACCCACAUUGAAAACCUCAACUGUCAAACCAAAGGUGCAGAACACUUUAAAACAGACAACUUCUCUACCUGUGGCAGAGUCCGAGAGAAACAAGUUAAUAUCCCGAAACACACUCAGUGAAGACUCUAGUCCAACUUUAGUAUCUGGUGGUUCAACCGUAGGAGAGGAUAGUGGUCUUGUCGAUGUUCUUGCUGUAGCAAUUUCACGUGUUAGAAUAUCUGAACCUAAGAGAAGCAGGUUAUGUAGUCCAGCUCGGCCAAUUGAACAGGAGUGUUCGUCUAACUUGAAGACUGGAAACCUCUGUACAGCAUUUUGACUCCAAAGUAAAACUGCUGAUGCAUCUCGCAAUUUUGAACAUAGCUGGGGUGGAAGAUAACUUAUACUAGCUGAAGCCUUACCAAGACAGUGACGGAAGAUAGAUGCUUCGUCGUCUAGACUAGAAGGUGCGAUUAACCGACUUCUGUGUACAUAAAAUGCUGACCCUUAUAUUGUUGAUUAUAAGGUCAUGAGAUAAUACUUAAGUUGAUGGUUGUGCAUUGUUCAAAUAUUAAUAUGACCUAACGACUGUUGAAAGCUGAGAUGGUAUUUCCUGUAAGUAAAUCUGUGUGUUUCUUUGAUGAUUAGUUGAGCCUUAGUUUUAUCGUUC